AUAAAAAAGAACGUAGCGAUGAAGAAAUCGCAAAUGAACAUAUGGAGAUCGCAUUUGCAUUUUUGAAAUAUUCAACGUUAAAAAGUCCAUGCAAUGAAUUCAUAAUUUUCCGCAUAAAUGUCACUUAUGCGCUGAAAAUUGGCGGGCGAAUUAGAAAUGCGAGCGAAAUUUCGUCACUAGCUGCAAAUAUGUGGCAGAAAUGGCCUCCUGAAAAGAAGAACAAAUAUGUACUUUUAUCGAAAAAAUGGUCCAGUGAUAUAUGGAAAGACGAAGGUGUAACGAUGAAUGUCAUGGCGCAGGAAACAUUCGAUAUUACGCCAUCGAUCAUUAACCCCGAUACCGAGUUCUAUGAAUAUUCGAGUCGUAUAUGGGGAGAAGAUGAUGCGAUAUUAUUUAAAUGUG